CCCCCAGCCCCCCACCAUGAACACCAUCGUCUUCAGCAAGCUCAGCGGCCAGGUGCUUUUCGAGGAGGACGCCAAGGAGCGGGAGCGGAGCGGCCGGUCCUACGUGGGGGUGGUGGAGGGCCCGCACCACGCCGAGGUGCUUCUUCCCGACAGCCCGUCCAUCAAAGAGAGCCUCAGCCUGCGCAACCGGCGGACGGGGGCGCGGCAGAGCGGCGGGAAGGUGCGGCACAAGCGACAGGCGCUGCAGGACAUGGCGCGGCCGCUCAAGCAGUGGCUCUACAAGCACCGCGACAACCCAUACCCCACCAAGACAGAGAAGAUUCUGCUGGCCCUCGGCUCCCAGAUGACCCUGGUGCAGGUGUCAAACUGGUUUGCCAACGCAAGACGCCGCCUGAAGAACACAGUCAGGCAGCCAGACCUGAGCUGGGCUUUGCGAAUAAAACUGUACAACAAAUAUGUCCAGGGAAAUGCUGAGCGCCUCAGCGUGAGCAGCGAUGACUCGUGCUCUGAAGACGGAGAAAAUCCUCCGAGAAACCAUAUGAAUGAAGGGGGAUAUAACAAACCAGUUCAUCACACUGUGAUUAAAACUGAAAGUUCAGUAAUAAAAACAGGAGUGAGACCAGAAGCAAGUGCCAAUGAGGAUUAUGUGUCACCCCCCAAAUACAAAAGCAGCUUACUGAAUCGCUACCUAAAUGACUCAUUGAGACACGUCAUGGCUACUAAUGCAGCUAUGAUGGAAAAAACAAGGCAAAGGAAUCAUUCUGGUUCAUUUAGUUCCAAUGAAUUUGAGGAAGAGCUGGUGUCUCCAUCAUCAUCAGAGACAGAAGGCAAUUUUGUCUAUCGGACAGAAAAUCUGGAGAAUGGACCAAAUAAGUGUGAAAGUGCAGCUAACAGAAAGGGACCCAGCAAAGAUGAGACGUACUGGAAGGAGAUCAACGCAGCUAUGGCCCUAACGAACCUUGCCCAGGGGAAGGAUAAACUGCAGGGAACUACCAGCUGCAUCAUUCAGAAAUCAUCACAUAUAUCAGAAGUAAAGACUGUUAAAGUGCCAUUAGUUCAGCAGUUUUAAGGGACGGGUUCUCUUUCUUUUUCACGUCAAACAGACAUUUUCCUCACAGGAUUGCUUUUCAGUAAGAUCGGAUUCACAGACAGGAGGAAAAUGUGGAAAAUAAGUCCCCUUUUACAGAAUGGUCAGUUUAAAAAAAUUAAGGUCCCUUCUGACUCAGAUGUUUUCAUUGUAUUAAAUGAAAUGUUCAACUGCUUCUAUAAAAGGCAUGUAAAUUAUAAAAACCCUGUUUUUAUCAGAACAUUAACUUAUUUUAUGUUAAUCAAAGUGCGCAUAAGAUGUUUGCAUUGCUAUUACAGUAAGUGCCUUGCUUUGAAAAAAUAAGCUAUAACGUGGGCAUAGUACAACAGUGUUAUGCCUCAAAAUGACAAUGCCAUAAUGCUUAAACUUUGUAUAUUAUUCCAAGUGGGCUUAAGCAGCCGAGGGCUAAACACAUUACUGCUGAAGGCCCUGGAGAGUUGUGCUUAUUUGACUUGUACAAAUUGACGAGUCUUAAUGAAAUUGUUACAUCAUUCUCACUCUCUUUUUUUUUUAUCAACAGUGUUAUAAAAAUUGUACAGUAUGUUUUGUCAAAGUGACAAUAAGGUUGUUAUGCAUGUUUCUUACCUGUAUAUGCAGUAUAUUAAAAUACCAAAAUCAUUCCUUUGAAAAGUGCAAUACUCUAGAACACACAAAUUUAGGAAAUAAGUUAAUUGUUCAGAUUAUUUUGAACUUAUACAUAUGCUCUCAGCUGUGUUGCUCAUGAAAUAUUUCUAGUUGAGAAGGUUUUAGUCAGACUAGUUGUAAAUUCAAGAUG